AAUUAGAACAGGCGCUCAGGAGCAAUGGCUGCGUGUGGUGGUGGGCUCAUUCGGUUGGUACCGAGGAGAAGCCUAGCUUCUAAUGGCCUCAGACUAGUCCGAGGGCUCGGCUCAACGCCAGGAGUACGCGACUGUCUGUGGCAACCGCUGAGAAAGUCUCCGGGCACUUACAGGCACAGCCUAGCAGCAAGUCAUCCAAUUGAAAGGCUGCAGACUAGGCCACUUGGACUUCUCUCCGGUUGGUCGACUAAAGAAACGGGUCCUACAACUAAAUCAGAGGUGGUGGAAAAGGUGAAGGAAGAAAUUGCAGAUGUGUCGCCAGACAAAAUAUUUGCUGUUGUGCAUAUCAGUGGUCGUCAGUUCAAGAUUACACAGAAUGACUUGAUAGUAAUCAACAGAAUACCAGCAGAUGUAGGAGAAAGCAUCUUUCUUCAGAAGUCAGGAGGCAGCUAGGGUGAGUGCUACAGUCAUAGAGCACGGCAGGUCCGCCAAAGUCAUUGUCUUCAAGAAGAAGAGAAGAAAGAACUACAAACGAAAGAGAGGUCAUCGGCAAGAUACGACUGUCCUCAGAAUCAAUGAAAUUCACUUAUCUUCUGACAAUGUACAGUGACCUGUUGUCCACAUAUCACUGUUCUAUAAUGUAUGUAUAUAAUUGUAUAGCAGAUUUUGAGCCCUGCCUGUUGAGCUGCUGUCAUGGUAGCUCAGUGGUAGAGUUCUCUGUUCUUGUAAGAGUCCCAGCUAAGGCAGCUCCUUUUCAUUGAGAGCAGAGUGUAGUGGGAUUGAGCCUCAUCGAGAAAAGUGUUGUCCUAGUGGAAUUGUUUGAUGUGCACUCGCCAUGUAUUCACACUGUGAUUCUCCUAUACCUGUAUAUACAGUGCCAUUAAAAUUGUCACUUGACACAUUAAUACUUUGCAUCAAUGUUAAAUUUAUUAUGAGGGGGCUAGACAGUAGUCUGGAUCUUAGAGAGUGAAGGGGUGGGAUAGUGUGACGACUGGGCAUAAGAAGGUGGAGUAUCGCUAGUCAAUUCUGUCUGCUGUUCUUCUCUCGGUGUGAAGUAGACACUGGACCUCUCACUUGGCUCUUUAUUGCGGUCUUCACUGCUCAUUACUGCUGUCAUCUCUUGGUCAGAUGUAGCAGUAGCAGUAUAUUGUGGGACAUUGGUAGUUGUGAGUGUGGCCGGUCUGUCGUUGGCUGCCACCUCCGUUCUUUUCGGAGCUCUCAGUUUUGUGUGAACGGUGUGGACACAGUGGGAGACACGGCCGGGCACUCUACAGCAGUCUCUGCCUAUCAUUCUCUCACACACCGUCUUGCUUCAGAUAAUAGUUCAAGUGUAACAACAUUAUUUUCAUCACUCUCUUAUCUUACACAAAAUUCAUGUCUCUUACUAGCAGGUUUCUUUUUCAAUCAUGCCAAACUAAAAAAAUUAUCAUAGUACAUAGUACCAUACAACUCGCACAACACUCAGCAGCAAACUAUCCCCCUCGGCUUCUAGGACCACCUCAGGUCUUUGCUGGACCUCUGACUAGAGAUAUGGCGAGUUCUGUGCUAUCCUAUGAGUAAUGUAAGCCCUUCUUUCUUCACCGGGUUACCUCAGAUUUGCCUAUAUUAUAUAAUUAUACAGUGAUGGGUAAAGAUGCACAUACCUUCCAGCGAUUCUUUUUGAAUGCUCAUCACAGCAGAAACAGACGGUGCAGACACAGCAGCAACACAGGAGUAUGAUCCCCACACAAACCCCUGCUAUAAGCGCCACUGCCGAAGAACUGAGUCCUGCGUCUCCU